CAUCUUCCACACCACCAUCCAGUCUUCUAUCCCAAAAAAACUGUAGUUUCUUGGUACAACCUGAGCAAUUUCCUGGGAUGGAAUGUGAGGACCGCGCCACCGAGGACCAGCCCGUCAUGCGCGUGGGUCGUCUGCAUCGCCAGCGGCCACUCCCUGUUGAGGGAUCCGCGGCACAACAAGGGGUUGUCGUUCACGGAGAUGGAGCGGAACGCGCACUACCUGCGCGGCCUGCUGCCUCCGGUCGUCCUGCCCCAGGAGCUCCAGGAGAAGUGGCUGCUGCAGAACGUGCGGCAGCUCGAGCCCCCCUGCAGCGCUACAUGUUCCUCAUGGAACUCCAGGAGAGGAACGAGAGGCUCUUCUACAAGCUCAUGAUCGACAACGUCGAGGAGCUGCUCCCCGUCGUCUCCACGCCCACCGUUGCCGAGGCGUGCGAGAAGUACGUCUCCAUCUUCAGGCGCUCGCAGGGUCUCUACAUCAGUCUCAAGACAAGAGCAGAUCGUAACAUCAAAUGUAGUUCGUGUUGUGGUUCCUGGAAAUUCAGCCCAUAUUGCACCAAGGUUCUUGAAUGGUCAGAUGGGAUUCCAUCCUUGACGAUGUUCCUUUAGAAGGGCAGGGUUUUAGAAACACCGGAUCCUUGACGAAGAGUCAAGUUCGGUUUGCAACUUUCCUUUCAUUCAGUGAUAUAUUGAGCCUUACAUUUGAAUCACAGAGGGUGAUCGUCGCGCCACUCAGAAUAGUCACCGUCGGUGUUGAGGCUGAUUGUCGAGUGAUAUAUUGAGCCUUACAUUUGGAUCACAGAGGGUGAUCGUCGCGCCACUCAAAAUAGAGUCAUCGUCGGUGCUCAGGCUGAUUAUCGACCACCCAGAUAGGGGGAUGCCGCUCAGGCCAGGCGCCCGUACUAUGAUGCUAGCAUGUUCCUCCGAGCCACAACUGGGGGCCACUGCUAGCCGGAGUUGAUUGGUAACUAUUUGAUUUGGCCAUUUAUCGCUUACCCUGGUCUCUCUGUUUCAUAUAGGUUAGCCCGACUAGCGUCCGCCUGGAUGUUUUUUCUGAUGUCGUACAUGUUUUUCUGGUCUUCUCUACAUAUAUUUGCAAUACAAAGAAGCCUACUAUAUAGCAUAUAGUCAAGAAUGGUAGCACUAUCUAGCAAAGUUGAGAUGUCUUUGGUCAAGUUCUCAAGUUGUACAUUGUGGUAGUGUCCCUGCCUCAUCUAUAACAACCUCUGCACCUCACUUUCAAGUUGCAGGUGAGCCUCAUCCAUGCUAAAGCUGAAGGCGUCAAUUGCAUGGCCUUAUCAGUUUGUUCAAAUUGCAAGUUUGAUUGAUUCCCACUCUAACUCGGGUUGUGAGCCCCUUUGAUUAAUUCCUUGCUAUAACUCUAUAGUAAUAGUAUCAGGUUUUAAGGAUUGUUGGUCCAACUAUGUAUGAAUACUAUUUAAUUUCGGCAAUUUCGUUAAUCCAAUCUAAAAAACAAGACCAGAGGGGCAACCACCCCUUGGCAUAUUUUUUUAUAGGACAUACCCAGAUUUUUAUAUUGUAAACAUAUGGACACAUUGUUUGUAGUAGUCUUGCAGUAGAUAGUGUUAAAAUGUGUUAUAUGGGAUGAUAUGAACCAAAUAGCAACAGCAUUGUUGUUGUUGUUUAAUGCUACUAAAACAAUAUGGAUACAACAUUAGCUAAAAGGCUUUUUUUCUUUAUUCAUCUUCAUAUCAUUCAUUGUUUCUUUACCUUUUUAUCUGCUUUAUCCUUGCGUUCUUGAUUUUCAGGUAACAUAAUCGAUAUUUUUUAGCAUUCAAGAUGUAUGUGCACACAAAGCAAAAGUGUUGUUCUAAUCUCGAGCUCAUGUGAUUAUAUGUUCCGUGGGUUGCCAAAUUUUCAUUAACACUUUCUCCUGCCCAAUUAAAGCCAUGCACGAAAGGUCUUAGUACUGGCAAAGUAUUUUCAUGCAUCAAAUUAUCUUAGUGAAGAGAAUACUUAGUGAAGAGAAUACAUGUAGUCCCUCCGUCCCAAAAUAAGUGUCGCAAAAUUUGUACUAGGUUAGUACAAAUUUUAUACUAGAUCAACGACACUUAUUUUGGAACGGAGGGAGUAAAAUGUAGGGAUUAUUUUCCCGAAACUUUAGUCACAAUGAACCAUUUUAUGAGGUUCUAAUUCAACAUUA